UGUUUUCUUCUAAACUGAAACUUGUUCCUUGAAGUUCACAUCUUUGUUUCGAACAGUUUUUAGUUGUUCAUGUUUUUUUUUCAGCUUCAUUGGAUGUUAAUGCAGACUCGUUGAAGUUUGUCUCCAGGUUUAAAGGCAGAACUCAGAGAACAAAGUCUUUAUCAGAGAUAUGAGAUGUGGGAUGCAGGUCUUUGUCCAGAAUCCUAAGUCUGGUUUAUCUCUGAACCUCUGGUCGACAUCAUAUGAAGAUGUUUCAAACUCUGCUGUUUUCAGUGUUUGUUGUGUGACUGAUGUGGAUUCAGCAGAAUGGAUCAGUGUGAGAACAGAGGAGCUCUUCCCUGGAAGACCACCGAAAUGACCCCCACAGGACCUGGACCUGGACCUGAACCUGAGAGUCAACCCGAAGCCCAGAGGAUCCACCAGAGACCAGAGUCCUCUGGACCUGGACCGGGACCCAGCUGUGUGUCCUACAGCAGUGACCGGUCCAUGGGUGAACCAUUGGAUUUCCAAAAAUCAACCCAAGAUCCAAUGAAGACGGGAUGCAGAGUGGAGCAGCAGAGCUCAGAGGUUCCCAGUGAUCCACAGCAUCAGACUCAGCUGGACUCCAUAUUUAAGCUGCUGGAGGAGAACAUCUGCACUUUUGUCAAGAACAAACUGAAGACGUUCCAUCAGGUUCUGAGUACAGAUUACCCAGAAUGCUUAGAGAGUCUGAGUGAUGAGGAUGUAGAGCAGAGGAGGAGCUCAGAGGCUUUUCUGAAGAUCACACUAAACUUCCUGAGGAGGAUGAAGCAGGAGGAGCUGGCUGAGCGUCUGCACAGCAGAAGUCAGACUGGAGUUCGUCAGCGUAAACUGAAACGUAACCUGCAGCAGAAGUCUGAGUAUGUGUUUGAGGGCAUCGCUAAAGCAGGAAACCCCAAAACCCUCCUGAAUCAGAUCUACACAGAGCUCUACAUCACAGAGGGAGGGGCUACAGAGGUCAACCAGGACCAUGAGGUCAGACAGAUUGAAACAGCAUCCAGGAACCCACACAGACCACCAACAACCAUCACAUGUGAAGACAUCUUUAAAACACCACCUGACAGAGAUCGACCAAUCAGAACAGUGCUGACAAAGGGUGUGGCCGGCAUCGGGAAAACAGUCUUAACACAGAAGUUCAGUCUGGACUGGGCUGAAGACAAAGCCAACCAGGACAUCCACUUCAUAUUUCCAUUCACCUUUAGAGAGCUGAAUAUGCUGAAAAAGAAGAAGUUCAGCUUGGUGGAACUUGUUCAUCAAUUCUUCACUGAAACCAAAGAAGCAGGAAUCUGGAUCUUUGAAGACUUCCAGGUGGUGUUCAUCUUAGACGGUCUGGAUGAGUGCCGACCUCCUCUGGACUUCAACAAAACUCAGAUCCUGACUGAUGUUACAGAGUCCACCUCAGUGGAUGUGCUGCUGAUGAACCUCAUCAGGGGGAACCUGCUUCCCUCUGCUCGCCUCUGGAUAACCACACGACCUGCAGCAGCCAAUCAGAUCCCUGCUCAGUGUGUUGACAUGGUGACAGAGGUCACAGGGUUCACUGACCCACAGAAGGAGGAGUACUUCAGGAAGAGGUUCAGAGAUGAAGAACAGACCAACACAAUCAUCUCCCACAUCAAGACGUCACGAAGCGUCCACAUCAUGUGUCACAUCCCAGUCUUUUGCUGGAUCACUGCUACAGUUCUGGAGGACUUGUUGAAGACUACAGAGGGAGGAGAACUGCCCAAGACCCUGACCGAGAUGUACAUCCACUUCCUGGUGGUUCAGACCAAAGUCAAGAACAUCAAGUAUGAUGGAAGAUCUGAGACAGAUCCACACUGGAAUAAAAAGACCAGGAAGAUGAUCAAAUCUCUGGGAAAACUUGCCUUUGAGCAGCUGAAGAAAGGAAACCUGAUCUUCUAUGAAUCAGACCUGAAAGAGAGUGGUAUUGAUAUCAGAUCAGCCUCAGUGUAUUCAGGAGUGUUCACACAAGUCUUUAAAGAGGAGAAAGGGCUGUACCAGGACAAGGUGUUCUGCUUCAUCCAUCUGACUGUCCAGGAGUUUGUGGCUGCUCUUCAUGUCCAUCAGACCUUCACCCACACUGGAGUCAAUCUCCUGUCAGAACAAACAUCUGUUUGGUCUAAACUCUUCAAGGUCACCUGUCAACCUGCCCAGUUCUACCAGACCGCUGUGGACCAGGCCUUACAGAGUCCAAAUGGACAUCUGGACCUGUUCCUCCGCUUCCUCCUAGGUCUAUCACUGCCGACCAAUGAGAGUCUUCUACGAGAUCUGCUGACACAGACAGGAAGAAGCUCAGAGACCAAUCAGGAAACAGCUAACUACAUUAGGGAGAAGAUCAGUGAGAAUCUGUCUGCAGAGAAAAGUAUCAACCUGUUCCACUGUCUGAAUGAACUGAAUGAGCGAUCUCUGGUGGAUCAGAUCCAACAGUCCCUGAGAUCAGGACGUCUGUCCACAGAAAAUCUGUCUCCUGCUCAGUGGUCGGCUCUGGCCUUCAUCUUAUUGUCAUCAGAAAAAGACUUGGAUGUGUUUGACCUGAACAAAUACUCUGGUUCAGAUGAGGUUCUUCUGAGGCUGCUGCCAUUGGCCAAAGCCUCCAACAAAACUCUACUCAGUGACUGUAACCUGUCAGAGAGAAGCUGUGAAGGCCUGUCAUCAGUUCUCAGAUCCCAGUCAUGUAGUCUGAGACAUGUGGACCUCAGUAACAACGACCUGAAGGAUUCAGGAGUGACAAUACUGUCAGAUGGACUGAAGAGUCCAGGAUGCAGACUGGAGACCCUCAGACUGUCAGGAUGUCUGAUCACAGAGAGAGGAUGUUCUUCUUUGGUGUCAGCUCUGAAGUCCAAUCCCUCCCAUCUCAGACUGCUGGACGUGAGCUACAACCAUCCAGGAGAAGCAGGACAGGAGCUGUCUGCUCUACAGGAGGAUCCACAGUGGACACUAGACACUCUCUGGUUGGAGCCUAGUGGAGUCCGAUGGUUGAAACCAGGCCUGGGUCUUAGGAAGUAUUUCUGUGAACUCAACCUGGAUCCCAACACAGCGAAUGAAUACCUCAAACUGUCUGAAAACAACAAGAAGGUGGAACUAGUGAAGGAGGUUCAGCCAUAUCCGGAUCAUCAGGACAGAUUUGAGUUCUAUCCUCAGCUAAUGUGUUCAACUGGUCUGACUGGUCGCUGUUACUGGGAGGUGGAGUGGAGUGGAAGGGUUGAAAUAGCAGUGACUUACAGAGGUGUCGGAAGGGAAGGAAACAGUGACAACUGUAUGUUUGGAUCAAAUGAUCAGUCCUGGAGUCUGGAGUGUUAUAAAGGUGGUUACACUGUCUCUCAUAAUGACAGCUGCAAAUACCUCCCUCUGUCCUCCUCCUCCUCUGGUAGAGUAUCAGUGUAUGUGGACUGUCCUGCUGGAUCUGUGUCCUUCUACAGAGUCUCCUCUGACAAACUGAUCCACAUCUACACCUUCAACACCACAUUCACUGAACCACUGUUUGGAGGAUUUGGAUUCAAUGAGGAUAACUCCUCAGUGUCCCUGUGUGAUGUGUAGUUGUGUAGAUGUGUAGUUGUGUUCGUGUAGAUGUGUUUGUGUAGAAAGGUAGUUGUGUAGAUGUGUAGUUGUGUUUGUGUAGAUGUGUUUGUGUAGAAGUGUAGAUGUGUUUGUGUAGUUCUGUUUGUGUAGAAGUGUAGUUGUGUAGACAUGUAGUUGUGUUUGUGUUGAUGUUUUUGAGUUUCAGGUACAUGGGCCAGACGUGGCCAUCAAACAGGCCGGGGGGAUCUGGCACCGCAUCUGGCAUCUUGUGUAGAAGUGUAGUUAUGUUUGUGUAAUUGUGUUUGUGUAGCUGUGUAGUUGUGUAGAUGUGUAGUUGUGUUUGUGCAUUUGUAGUUGUGUGACAGAGUGGCUGUGAGCACCUCAUCACUCCCGCACUGUGCGUUUUUUCCCUUCUUUCUGUUCGAGGAUGAGGCAGCCCAUGUGGAGCCCCAGUGUCCCAUGGAGCAGUGCUCCACAGCAACACAUCAGCGGCUGUCAGCCUGUAUCUGUCCCACUGUUAGGUUUAGGGCUCCCAGAGCUCUGUCCAUUACAAACGGUGACGUCGCCUCCGACAUGUAGAAUGUGUAUUAUAACAGAAAAACACAUAUUUCAGCACCACUGAUUUGUGGCUCCUCUCUGUUUAACCUGGUGUUUGGCUGUAUUUUGUAUCGAAAGAGUCGGAUAUUGAAGAUCUGAGCACCAAUCAGCUGAUCUGUAUGUAUAUAUAUCUGUUUUUUAAGAAAUACUUAUUUUGUACAUGUGAACACCCUCUGUAUCUUUUUUUAUAUCCAAUUACAUAUCACAUCAUUCUGAAACACAUAUGGAAUGGUAGUUUUAUCAGACUGUUUUUCAUGUGGCAUUUUCUUUCAAUAAAAUCAGAGCAUCCUCAACUCUGUUCAUGUAUUUUAACUUAACAACUUUGAAGCAGUGCAAAAGUUGUAAUAAAUGCCCUAAAUGAGACACACUGACCUUUGUGGUGCACUAUUGAAUAUGUAUUUUGAGGAGAAAAUUUUUUUUCCAGUGCUAUGUCUUGUGUGCUGACAAACAUACUGAAUUUGCCCUGCAUCUCUUUGAAACCAUGUAUAUUAAAGCAACUCUGA